AUAGAUAAAUGAGAUUUAACUAAUUCGGGGCUGAUGCUUCUUUUUAUAUACUUUAGUAUUAUAAUAGUAAAAGGAGCAUUUUAUUCUAGGGAUGCCAUUUUUUUUUGGCCUCGUAACCAAACACACGUCAAAUUAGUCCCUCCUUUUCGUAACGACUCAACGUUCCGAAACCCCUUCAAAAACCCUAACUAGCACCCACUCACUCACUGAUUUAUUGGCAAAUAAUGCCCGGCGCCUCGUCAGAUUCCACCAGUGGCGCUUUGGUUCCACUCUUACCGGAGGCACAGGGCGCGGUGGUGUAUCCUCUUCACCAUGGUCUCACAUCUCCAGUCUCUCGACUCUCCAUCUCGUGGUCACGCGGUAACUCUCUCCGCAUCUCGGUCUUCGCUUCACCGUCGGUGAAUGAUUCCGACAAUGAAGACGCAGGAGGAAAAGUGGUGGAGGUGAAGCUCGGUGGCGGAGACGGCGAGAUCAGCGACGCUCAUUGGCGGAGGAUCACCUACGGUUCAGUUUCUCCUUUCGCUCUACUCCAGAGCAGGAAAAACGCCGCCUCCGGCUUGUCCAAAAUGUCCAUGAAUUCUUCACCUUACAAUGUUGACUGGUGGGAGUACAUAAUGGAGUACAGCAAGGACAUAAGUGCCCUUCUUGGCAAUCAGAAAUCGCCUUCCAAUCCUGUUAUCGACGAUCCGGAGUCAGUCAUAAAGAAAGGACAGGAACCCACUAGUCUGAAGGCUGCGUGGGAGCUAUUGGAAAUGUUUUAUGCUGAAAAGCCAUCUCAAUCAUGGUUACCUGAGCGCCUUGUUGAUUGGUUAGCUGAUUACAAUAGCCUUUUCUCAGGAACACACCCGACAGUCCACUCAAAGCUUAUUGAUUUUCAAAAAGAACUCGUUAACUUGCAGGUUGUGGAGGAUGAUCCUAAAUACUGGGAAGUUAUGUCAUCAGCACUGGCAGUUGGUUGGCUAGAUAUUGUGGUGAAAAUGUUGCGUUUGCAUGGAUCUUAUCAAUUAGAUCAACUCAGCAAUCGUGAGACUGAGAAUGGUCUUGUAGAGGCAGUUGCUGUUCUUAUUUCAAAAAUGCCACGCAUGCGUUUGGAACAAAAAGCUGGAAAUUUGGGUGAAUGCUUUAAGGCCAAGCCUGAUUUUGUGAAGGCAUGGGAGAAAUGGCGGGCACAAAUAAAUAAGCUAGAUUCAAGUGCAUUCUGGUUUCAGUGUGCUCACCAGCAGACUCGGGAGGGCUUGAGAAGUAUGUUACAAGUAAUGCUGGGUAAUGCUAAUAGUCUCUGCACUGCAACAUGCCAUUGGAUAGAGCUGUUUAUUUCUCACUUGCUAUACAUCAGGCCAUUCACUGUGGGGUUAGAAAGCAUGUACAGCUUGGCACAGAAAUGCAUCCAACUGAAAUCAGUGGCCUCUGCACAUAGGUUGAUGAGACUUAUAAUUGGAAUUCUUGGGGAAAAUACUGAGGUUGUACUAGCAGAAUGCUCAAAAGGAUUUGGUCCUUGGAUGGUUGCCCAUGCCUUAGAGUUAUUGACUACUGGGAGCGAUCUUGCAGAAAUGCUUUUACAUGAAGAGCAUCAGAACUUGGGGGGAAUAAGUAUAGAAGAGCUUCAUCGACUUGUUUAUGCUGAAGUCCUAUCUUCACAUCCAUUAACUUGGCAAAUUGCUCCAAUUUAUCUUACAUCAUGUGUGAAGCAGGGGAUGGUUCUGUUACAGAUAUUAUUGUCCAAGCAGCCUGUUCAACAUAAUCAGUUGCUGUUUAAGAACAUAGAGAUUUGCCGCCUUUAUGAACUCGACGGCAUAAGUUCAAACAUUAUGAAGAUUGCUGGAGUGUACCACUGGAAGCAUGGUAGGAAAGGUUCUGGUGUCUUUUGGCUUCAGCAAGCUCGGGACGAGUAUCGUCUUAAUAGGAUAGCUCAGCAGUUGUUUGAUUCAGUUGGAAAAACAAUAUCUGAUGAGAGUUUCAAGCAAUGGGAAGGAUUAAUUCAGUUAUUGGGUUCUGAAUCUAAGGCUGCUGGUGGACUAGAGUUUCUGCAGAAGUAUAGAGAUUUCAAGAAAUCUCUUCAGCAGGUUCAUGAUGGAAAAACUGCAGAUGCUACUCACCAAGCUGUGGAAUCUCUGAUAUCGCUUAUGAAAACCCCUUCAACACCUCAACGCUUUUGGUUGCCUCUUCUUUAUGAUUCGUUGAAGCUGCUUAAUUGGAAGGAUCGUCCUCUGUUGAAUGUCUCUCAGACAAAUCUUCUGUUAAAUAAACUACAAGAAUUGUCCAUGGCAAGGCUUCGCCCAGACUUCAUUGAAGCUGAAUUACCAUCCCAGGCCUUAAACUCUGUUAGACUGGCUCUUGCCACGAAUCUUGGACGUGCUAUCCUAGAGGAAUGAGCCUCCCAAGAUUUAUUGUUCAUUGCUUGUGGAAAUAUACCUAGGAGUCAUUUUGCUUUCACUUGGAGAAAACAAGUAUAAUUAUAGACUAGAAAACUAUUUUACCGACGAGCAUUGUUCUAUAAAAUUAAAAAAAAAAAAACUUUCGUCAAGAGAUGCUAAGCCUGUAAAAUCAUUGA